AGCAUGGCAAAUACAUGAAAAACUUGAAUAUUCUAGUGAACAAACUGAAGCCAAACUUAAAGAUAUGUUUGAAAAACUACUUAAAUCAUCUGAUUUGCUUUCACCAUCUGUGGCAAAAUUACUUCAAAAAGCAGGAUUACCUGUAGAAGAAAAAGAACUUUUAAGACUAACAAAUCCUGCUAGUAUUUCUGUCCAAGCUAGUUAUCAAGGACUACGUAUCGAAGGUCCAAUAACAAGAAAGACAUUUGUAGAUUUGAUUGAAGCUUUUCAACAUGGAGAAGUUUUACAUGAAAAAUAUGUCUGUGAAAUUCUUCAUCAAGCACGUGCUAUACUUAAAACUUUACCAAAUUUUAAUCAUAUUGAUUUAUCUAAUUUACAUCAUAUAUACAUAAUUGGUGAUCUUCAUGGACAAUUGGCUGAUUUACUACAUAUAUUUAAUGCGAAUGGAUUACCUGCAAUUGACAAUCCAUAUGUAUUCAAUGGAGAUUUUGUUGAUCGAGGUCCAAAUUCAGUUGAAGUUAUACUUCUACUUAUGGUUGCAUUGAUUGUUAAUCCAAGUUCAGUCUUUCUUAAUCGAGGUAAUCAUGAAGAUAUUAUGGUUACAGUUCGAUAUGGUUUUCAAAAUGAAGUUAACAAAAAAUAUCCAGCACGUAAAACACCAGUACUUGAUCUAUUUAAAGAUAUAUUUAGUUGGCUACCACUUUAUUCAUAUGUUGAUGCGGGAAAAUCUAGAAUGAUGAUAGUACAUGGAGGAAUAUCUGAUAAAGUUAAUUUAAAGAAAAUAAAUACUCUUACAAGAAAUCGAUAUGUUUCGAUUGAGGUACCACCACAAUCUCAAAGUGGUGGUAAACGAUUGACUGCUGAUGAAGAUAAUGAAUAUCGUCAAAUACAAGAUUUAUUUUGGAGUGAUCCAGAUCCUCAUAAUCGUAAAGGUUGUAGAAAAAAUGAUGCAAGAAAUAUGGCCUGUUUCUUUGGUCCAGAUAUAACAGAACAAUUUCUUAAUAAAUAUAAUCUGUCGAUGAUUAUACGUUCACAUCAAGUCAAAGAAGAGGGUUAUGAAUUUACACAUGAUCGCAAAGUUUUAACUGUUUUUAGUGCAUCAAAUUAUUGUAAAGGAUCCAAUUGGGGUGCAAUUGUACGAUGGGAUUAUAAUGAACUAGAGCCAUGGUUAAUUUCAUAUAAAACUGAACCUGUUGAAAUGGAAAAAUUAAGCUUUAAUAAACAAGUAACACUAUUUGAAGAUCCAGCUUAUCAAUCAUUAUUAGAAAAAAUUAUGACAAAUAAAAGUUUAUUUCAAAAAGAAUUUGAAAAAGCAGAUAAAAAUCAAACUAAUCAUUUAUCUUUGACAGUUUGGUCUGAAAUAAUGACAAAGGUACUUCAAAUUGAUUUACCUUGGCUUACAUUACGUUCAAAACUUGUACAAGAAGAUACAAAAGGAAUUCUUUAUAAUUCUAUGUUUGAUGGAUUAACUUUAGAUAAUUCAAAAUUUCAAAUGUCUAAUACUGGUAUUAUGGAAGAUUUAUAUAUGUGGAAAGACAUGCUUAUAUUAUUAUUUAAUUUAAUAGAUUUCAAUCAUUCAGGUUUUAUAAGUCGUAAUGAAUUUUCUGACUGUGUUAAACUUUUACUUUAUGGGGAAAAUGGUAAUGGUGAUGUAAAUGAAGCAUAUAUUGAAGAACUUAGUUCUGCUAUGGAUUUGGAUAAAAAUGGGAAAAUUGAUGUUAAUGAAUUUCUUGGUAAGAUUUGAAUACGAUGUUCAUUCCGAGUCAAUUACAUGAGAUAUAAUCAUCAACGUGAUUAGAUCUUGCCUAGGUCGUAAUCAUAUUAGAACUUCAUAAAUCUAAUUUUAAAUAUAUUUCGAAAACUUUCUCGUAUGCUGUAAGAUUGGUGAAAAUCGUUUGCAGUUUUUAUAAAAUCUCUAUUCUGUUUGCAAAAAAUUACAUCAAGUUUAAAACUGUCGAAUCUAAUGCGUUCUACUUGGAAUGGCUACUUUGACAUUCAAGUCUCAAUUUUCAUUUGUCUAAAACUUUUCUGAUCCUAUUGUAACUGUUUAGUACAAUAGACAAACUCUUUCUUAUUCUUUAUGUAUUUCGAAAGAGCAAAAUAUUACUUUUGAAUAAUGAAGUGAAAACAAUCUAUCAGACUAAUUUUUUGUGCACAAUAUGUAUUAUUUUUCUUUUUUGUAUUCUAGAAAGUUUUCGUAUUGUUAAUGUGAAGAAGUCAGGAAACUCGAAUCAACAAACAUAUCAAUCAGGAUCAUCAAAGCAAAAAGUUCAAAAUACUAACUUUUAAUCAAAUGAAAUGCUAGUAAACAAUAAAAUACGUUUAUGAGAUAUUAAAUAUGACAAUAAUUAUACGCAUAAAUAUUCAUUCCUCAAAUUAAUUUAAUAUGAACUAAUCAAUCUCUUUUUUUUUCAUAUUAUUGUCCUUGUUUAUGUUUUCAUGUAUUAAAAAAACAAAGUUUAUUUUUUUUUCUCUGAUGUUUUCUUUUAUGAUCAAAAUAGCGAACAAAAAUAAAAAUCUAUUUGUUGGGUGUUUUUCUAAAGAAUGACUAGCAAAGAUAUUUUUCGAUAAUGGACAUAUUACAUAUCAUGUCAAAUACGUCAUAAUGACAGGUUCGAAUGUAAGAUUUAGCAGUAAAAUAUUCAGAAGUGCGUCGCAUUGGACAUAUACAAAUAUUUCUUCGAAUAUUCAAACUCUAUAUUAAUCAAAGGUAAAUUUGUAUUAUAGUUCCAUAUGAAUUAAAGAUAGCUCAUGAAUUAAAAAGAUCAUCAUAAGUAAAAAAAAAACCAUGGAUUCAUAUACAAAUUGGGUCAUAAAUAAUACUAUGAUAUAAAGAACAUAAAAUAUGGUUGUUUCAAUUCGUUCGCAUAGGUUCAUUUUUGGACUAAUGGUAGUAGUUUAUUUAAAGUUUUCUUCUCAUAUAUAUAACAUGAACAAAUACUAUUAAUAAGUAUUCCUUCAUAGAGUUUGUCUUGAUUUCUAUUGAUUAUUUUCUUAAGUACCAACUGAAAAUUAUCUAUACGACAUUACGCAUGUAUCUUUCUUACUUGAUAAUAGAUAAAAGUACUUUCAAGAUACCAGCAAUAGAACUUAAUAGUAGCAUUUGCUUAUCUUAUCCAUAUGCACAAAAAACUUUAAAUGAAAUAACUUCUACUACUAAACAAAAAAAUUAGCUCGGUUCAUUGAACUAAGGCGUAGAUAUUUCAUUGUUUUUCGUUGUACAGGGUUGCCAAAAAUGUUUUGCCUGGGGGAUACAGCUCCAAUGGCAAAUGAUAUCAAUAUUGAAUUUUAUACCAAAUGGAAGCCCGUCAAAAAUGGGUUUAUUCAUACGAAUAAAUAAGGGCUAUAAAGACUUUUCUCUAUCGAACUUUGAUAAUUUUGUAAAAAUGCAUGAACCAUAGUCAUAGCAAAACUAUCCUUUAUCAUAGAGAACUCA